AUGGAUCUCCCUGUCGUCAGAUACAGCAAGUCAGAAUACAUCGAAACGGACACGGGCAACAAAGUCUCGAGGAAGUCCGUUAUUUGCGGCAGUCAGAACAUUAUCCUCGGUGGUAAGACGAUAUUACAGACCGGCAGCGUGAUUCGAGGCGAUCUACGAAGGACGGGACCUGGUCAAGCGGUGGUCGUCUCGGUCGGUCGCUACUGCUUUCUGUCACAAGGCUGCAUUAUCCGUCCACCUUGCAAGACCUAUAAAGGGGCGUUUAGCUACUAUCCUAUGAAAAUCGGCGACCAUGUCAGCAUUGGCGAGGGAUCGAUUGUUCAGGCGGCCUCUAUUGGAUCGUUUGUCCACAUCGGAAAGAACUGUGUUAUUGGAAAGUUUGCGAUCAUCAAGGAAUGCAGCAGGAUUGAGGAUAACACUGUCAUCCCAGCAAACGCAGUCGUACCAUCAUUUGCGAUCUACAGCGGGUCUCCUGGAAGGCUGGUCGAUGAGCUGCCAGAGAGUUUUCAGGAGAUCUUUGAAGCACGGACAAAAGAUCGAUAUGCAAAGUUCAUCCCCAGCACGGAUUGA